AGCGAUACAAUCUCAUGAGAGAUUGACUCCUGGAAAAUGUUACCGGUCCGACUUCAAAGUAUUUCCAAAAUUUAAUUAUUUUCGUGUUCUCAAUAUUCGGCUAAGAGUGGGGCUUGGCGGGUUGAAUCGCGGGGUCGAUGAAAAGUGCGAUUGAUUAAUUUAUUAAUUGACUUUCGCAAUUCAUCGACACGGGAUCAACAGCGGCUACGCUCUCACGUGCCGGCCGAGGACACGGAAGUGUGGCCGUUAAUGACCAUUGGAUACGGAUUUAAUAAAAUGAAGAUAUUUAUUUAUAAUAUUGGACGAAUAUGGUGACUUGGAAGUCGGAACCGGUCGGGAAACCAAAAUCUUCCUCAACAGAACGAGUAUUCUUUGCCAACUGUUGGGUGACUCGUAAGUGCACGACCGUAAUUAAUAAAGUGGCCCUGGAGAUUUCAGGUGCACAAAUUUAUAAAUUUUGAUAAUUAAAAUUAAAUUAUUAUUUAAAAAUGUCUAUGUCUGAUGGUAUAAAAGAAAGAGAGUGAUUUUAGUCGUGUGAUGAAUUGCGAAUUAUUCUUUUUAAUUAUUUUGUUUAUUAAUUUAUUAUUUUGAUUGAUUUCUUUUUAAAUAUUGUUAUUUGGAUGUGCGUAUGUUUGUGUGUCUAUUUGUCAUUUUAUUUUCUAUACUUGUAUAAAUCCCUGACGUCAGGCCUAUUUGAAUUAAACUUUUGACGGAAAUAUACAUUUUAUUUCUUUUUGUAAAUUAUUUGUGUGUUUAUUAAUCGAGUAUUUUGUAUUUUGUGCAAUUUCAUUGUUUUAUUUUAUUAUUUUAAAUUCUUUGUUUUAUAAUUUUUAUUGUUUUUGUAUUUUGUAUUGUCGCGGUUUUUAUUUAUUUUCAUGAAAAAAGAAAAUCGUUACAUUUUGGCGCCCGAACAGGGACCAGACGCGUGCCCAACUUUUUUAUUGUAUUCUAUAAAUUUGAAAAAUUUUAUUGUUUAUUUGAACGUUUAGAAAAUAUUUGAAAACUUAUAAAUUUUGUAUAAUGAUUAUUUUCUGUAAUUAUAUAACGGUAAAAUGAAUGUAUGAUUUUUGUGUAUAUGAAUGAGCAAUUUGUAUUAUUUUCGAUUGAAACAAUAGCGCUGACAAAGACAGAAGUAAAACAAAGAGAAGGUGACAAAUGUAAUUAGCAAAUUUUAUUUUUGAUUUCUGAACUUAAAUUAUUUUGACAAUUUUGAAAAUGAAUGUGAACAACGAAAUAUUUAUUGGAAUGAUUUUGCGAAAAUUAAAUAAAAAUAAUGAUUGUUGUCGAGAUUGUGCCAAUCGAGUAUUCGAAACUCUCAAUGAUGCAUUUAAAACUUUUAAUUUUAAUUUUGAAAAAUUUGAUUUAGGAGAAUUUGAAAAUCCGCAUUAUUUUCUUGAACGUAUUGAUAAAUUCUUUGUUUUGAAUAGAAUUUCUAUAGAUGAGCAGUUAACUAUUUUGAAAUAUUUAUUGCACGGCAAGGUGAAAACUUGGUUUCACAUACAACAAUCUCCGUUUAUUGAUAUAAACGACUUUAAAAUUAAAUUUUUAAAUUAUUUCUUUUCAAUUCCGAUUCAAGUUAACUUUAAAUUAAAAUGGUAUUCACGACGUUUCAUUCCCAAAAGGGGAAAUUUGCAGUCUUAUUUUAUGAAUCAGAUCUAUGAAGCACAAUAUUUGUUUUCGGAAAUGGAUAUUGGUGAAAUUUUCUAUAGAAUAAUUCAGCAGAUGCCUAAUCGCGUAAAGGAUGCAUUGGUAACUGUUGAUUAUUUAAAUUUUGAUAAAAUUUUACAGUCUUUGGUAAAUUUAGAUUUGAUUUAUCAAGAUAAACAAAAUGCUCGAAACAAUGAAUGCAAAGAUUUUUUAAAUUAUGCACCUCCUUUGAUGCCUUUGUCAUGCAUGGAUUUUGGGAAAUUGGAGCAAUCAACUAAAAAUUUGAAUAUUAAUGAUAAUGAUGGUAGUAGUCAAGAAAGUUUAAGGGGGAUCGAUAAAAAUGCUGUUUAUAGGGGGAUUGAAUUUACAAAUUUUGAUUCGACAAUCAGUCUCACUGAGCAUGUUUGUGAAAAAGACUUUGUAAAUAACACAAAAUUAUAUAAUAUUGAUGAUUUUGAUUUUCAAAUGAAUAUUAAUUCUUGUAAUAAUUCGAUGAACGAUAGUGGAAUUGAUUUAGAGAUCGAAGAAUCUCAAAUUAAUCAAAGUCAGGAAAAUUCUAGGGAUGAAGUUCGGGGUCAGACGACAGAUGAUCUGAAUUCCACUUCGGAAGAAUAUUCUCCUGAAAGAAAGAAUAUAAUAAACGAUAAAUUUUGUGAUUUUUAUAAUGAAAAAUUUUGUACUGAGAAAUUGUUUGAUUAUUUUUGUUUGUGUAAAAAAAUGUUGUUUGACAUGAAUUCAGCCUCGAGUUUAACAGCUGAUAAAGAUUUUAAAUUUCGAUUGAUUGCUUCAAGAGAUUUAGAACCUGACAAGGAUGUUAAAUGA